AUGAUACGCUAACAUGUAAGAACCUGAAGUGAAAGGUGGAGAUGAAGAAACACCUUGCUACAGCUGUGUUUGUGCGUGUCUCCCACACAGCACUGACCCUGGGAGUACCUGCUACUCUGCUCGUCAAGAAAACAGAACUGAGAAGUGCUUUGAUAGAUGGAGAGAAUCUCCUGUAUGGAGUGCUAUAUGUCAUACUUCUUCUUACCUCACUGACAUUCUACCAUAUAGCAUGUGCUGUUGACCCAGGCUAUGUACCAGAUACUUAUAAGGUAAUUGCAAAUAAUGAUGAUAGUGAUGACGAAGAUGACCUCAAUGAUGAUGAUAGUGAACAUGGCAAGAUGGUGAAGACCAAGCCAAGAUACUGCGACUACUGCGAGAUUGACCAACCUAUGAGGUCUAGACAUUGUGAGGACUGCGGUCACUGUGUGAGAAAGUUUGACCAUCACUGUCCAUGGCUAGAGACAUGUGUAGGGGAGAGAAAUCACAAGAUCUUCUGGUUGUUCUUACUAACUAAAGUUGCAGUAAUAGGCUGGACCUUAUUAAUUAUAUUUAAUGCAAUAGUGUACAAAGCAGCUUGGAAUGAGUGGGGAUAUAGCAAUGUACUGUAUAUAAUAGACAGUCUCAUUCUUGUCAUAAGUGGCUUGGUUGUGAUUGGCCUGUGGGGCUUCCAUACUUAUAUCAUGGGCACAAACAUUACCACAUGGGAGAUGGUGUCACGGCGACGGAUUACCUACCUCAAAUACCUCGAUGAAGAUUUUAAUCCAUUCCAUGAAGGAUAUAUAAAGAAUAUUCUAUAUUUUCUCUGUGUUUGUAAUGAAAGAAAUUGGGAGAUUGUUUAUAGGAAAAAUGUCAAGAUGGAAAAUUCUUACCAAAUGGUGUAA